UCGACUCGUGCUCCUCCCACCGUCCCACGGCUCGGGCCACAUGCUUGAUAUUGUUCCGUUGAACAAUCAUCACCAGAUUCCCCCAGCGGGAAGUAUUUCUACAUUCCCCUCACUUGUCCGUCCAGAGCUUAUAAGCAAAGGUGCUCGUCCUUUGAAUCAAAGGUGGUAAGUCUUCGCGUCAAACACCACCUCGAUUUGCUCUAAUGUCGCUCUUCAGACACGUCGAAACGUUCACCUCAUCCUCAUCCUCCUCACCUUCUCUACCGCACACGACGCCCCAAUUGCGCCUAGAGAAAAGCACCAUGGCAGACAACCAUCCACUCAACAGUGACACGAACCCGUCCAUGCAGACAUUGAUCACCCUCAAACCCUACUUUGCCGGCCAACCAAAGGCGCUUUCCGGCAUUGCGCUUCGUGCGUUUUGCCUCGGGCUCACGCUUGCCUCAUCGCUCAUCUUUACACUGGCCAUUCUCUUCUUUACAGACAGCCCGCUGUGGAGGGCCCCGUGGUUUCUGGGUGCGCUCAGCCUCUUUCACUUCCUCGAGUUCUGGACCACGGCGCACAAGAACACUCUCGUGGCGGGCAUUGACAGUUUCCUCCUGACGGCCAACUGGCCCAGCUAUGCCAUUGCGCAUACCAGUGCUUUCGUCGAGACGGUAAUUGUUGGCUACUUCUUUCCCAACCGCGUCCUUGCACCGGCUUGGAUUGUCGUUCCCUUUGGUCUGGGUCUUGUGCUCAUCGGGCAGAUUGUGCGGUCUCUGGCUAUGCUGCACGCGGGAGCUAGCUUCAACCAUCACAUCCAGCAGUCCAAGGCCACCACGCACACCCUCGUCACCACGGGCAUCUACUCCGUCUUCAGGCACCCGAGCUACUUUGGCUUCUUCUGGUGGGGGCUCGGAACACAGAUAGUGCUGGGCAACCUUGUUUGCUUCGUCGCCUACACGGCCGUCCUGUGGUACUUUUUCUACGAGAGGAUCAGAGGCGAGGAGAAGAAGCUCGUCGAGUUCUUUGGCAGAGACUAUGUCACAUACCGAGAAAGGGUGGGGACGAAGAUUCCGUUUAUUAAAUAAAUGUCAGUCAAUCAAGGGGUCAACUGCUCCUCCAUUACGACCCU